AAUCAUCGACCAAACCAAUCAACUCCCCUGUAUUCCCUGCCAACGACCAUCAUUCCCUCUGCCUCCCCUGCAGCUUAUCCCCGUCUUAUAUAACCCGUACUUGCAUGUUUCCUCUUCACAAUCUUCCAUUGGUCCAUCAAAAAUUCAAAACCUUAGCUAGCUAGCUCAAUCCCCUUUGUCUCUACUCUUGUCAAGUUCUUGACAGACACUAGCAGCAAAACCGCAGACCGGCGAUGAUGGUGAUCAGGUUCUUCGCCGUCCUGGCGGCGGCGCUGUGCAUCACGUCGGCCUCGGCUGCGGCGGCGGGCGGCUGGGUGAGCGGGACGGCGACGUUCUACGGCGGGAAGGACGCGUCGGGGACGAUGGGCGGGGCGUGCGGGUACGGGAACCUGUACACGCAGGGGUACGGCGUGUACAACGCGGCGCUGAGCACGGCGCUGUUCAACGGCGGCGCGUCGUGCGGGCAGUGCUACCUCAUCAUGUGCGACGCCUCCAAGACCCCCGAGUGGUGCAAGGCCGGCACCGCCGUCACCAUCACCGCCACCAACCUCUGCCCCCCCAACUGGGCCCUCGCCAACGACGACGGCGGCUGGUGCAACCCGCCCCGCCCCCACUUCGACAUGUCCCAGCCCGCCUGGGAGACCAUCGGCAUCUACCGCGCCGGCAUCGUCCCCGUCCUCUACCAACAGGUGAAGUGCUGGAGGCAGGGAGGGGUGAGGUUCACAGUCUCCGGGUUCAACUACUUCGAGCUGGUGCUCAUCACCAACGUCGCCGGCAGCGGGUCGGUGCAGGCGAUGUCGGUGAAGGGGAGCAAGACGGGGUGGAUACCGCUGGCGAGGAACUGGGGCGCGAACUGGCAGUGCAACUCGGCGCUCGUCGGGCAGGCGCUGUCGUUCCGGGUCACCUCCACCGGCGGCCAGACGCUGCAGAUCAACAGCGUCGUGCCGGAGUGGUGGGAGUUCGGGACGACCUUCACCAGCAACCAGCAGUUCGACUACUGAUUAAUUUGAUUGUUGGUUAAUUAAUUAGCAGCGAAAAUUGUGUAUUAGUAAGGAACACGCAUGUGCCUGCAUGCUGCCGCCUGGCUCUGGUAAAUUUAUAAUCCUUCGGUUGACUUGAUGGUUGUGUGUGUAAUGUGGGCUGAUCUGGAUUUUGAUCUGUAAUUGGGAUUUUCAGAUAUGUUUUUCUUGUUUGUUUUUGCUGGUUUAUGUUAUUAUGUACUACAUGUACAUCAAUUGUCAACUGAGUUAAUAUGAUUGGCAUAUGUGUGUUGAA